UGGAGUGAAUCUGUCUUCCCAACCUUCACAUCGUCGUGAUUAUAAAUGAACGCGCUGACUUCACGAGAAUAUUCUUUUUUCGCUUAAAAAGAUCAAAUCACCUCGGAAUCCGGUCCACUCCAAGAAAUAGCAGCCAAGCGCGAUGGCUGCCACCGAGACCGUCGACGUUUUGGCGCAGUGCCUGUGCAAAACUCACAGAUUCACGGCCACAGUGCUACGAGCCUCACUCCCUCUCAAAGCAUCAUGCUGCCACUGCAACUCAUGUCGCCAUUCAACAGGCGCCCUGUACACCUGUGACGCGUCGUGGCCAGGUUCAUUUGACGAAAUCCGCGGUUCGUCUCUGUGCAAAUACCAGUUCAGCGCCAAUCUCACGAUCCGGUUCUGUGGCACAUGCUCAGCUCCCAUGUUCUACCAAAAACACUCCGUGGGCCGAGAAGAUGCAUUUGGUGUAUUUACUGGCGCUCUGGCCAACAGUCCUGUUGCCAACUUCAUCAAGAUUGUUGACCACAUCUUUGUGGGCGAUACCAUUGAUGGAGGCGCCUCCGUUUGGAUGCACAAACCGAACGAGGAUGGGAGCGUCCCGCGCCGUUGGAUGGCUGGGCGAAACAACAGUGAAGAACUGCAUCACACUUGGCCUCCAGUUGAGGACCUCCCUGGUGCUAAUCAUAAGAUUGGACCCGUUGAGAUUCCCCUUCGUUGUCACUGUGGAGGCGUCAAUUUUGUCCUCCGUCGUGGCGACGCUGAUUUCGCCGAUAUCCAGCCUGACCAGCGACCCUGGUUCGUGGAGCCGACAACUCACAAAUUAUUAACCACCUUUGACGCAUGCAACUCCUGUCGGACCAUGUUUGGUGCUGACGUCGUCAAUUGGACGUUUGCUUUGAUGCAUCAAUUGGAAUUUCCCGCCAACAACAAUGGCCAAUCCGCCACCACAGGCUUUCCUAGGACAACAAACGAUUUAAAAUCCGCCGUUAGCAGCGACGAUCGGGAUCCUCGCCUCGGCACGCUUUCCAUAUACGAAAGCUCUCUAGACGUGCAGCGUUAUUUCUGCUCACGUUGCUCAGCCUCUGUCUUUUAUGCCGUUGAUGACCGUCCGGAGCUCGUUGAUGUAGCCGUCGGGCUGCUUGAGGAGCCGAGUGGAGCUAGGGCCGAAAGCUUUUUGGCCUGGGGGUUCGGAUCAGACGUGGGAAGUAUGCAAGACGUUAUUGGAGGAUGGAGGGAGAAGCUUGUGACUGCUGUUCAGAUUGAAGCAGAGGCUUGGAGGAUUGCCAGGGGGUAUCCGAAGAGUUGGAGGAGGAUUCUCAAGCAGGAGGAUUGAGUGGCUAAUUUUUGAGUGUCUCGAUAUUUUGUACUUACCGGGGUGAUUAUUUGUAUCUUUUGACUUUGCUCAGUGAUGGUGGUUUUUUUUUGCCAGCAAUGACACAGGUGACCGAGAUUCGAGACACAGAUUGAGGUCUACUCUGUGCAGUCAUGAUUCAUGCCUGAAAUUAAAGUGACGUUUAUCUUGACCUCAAG